UAACAUGCUUCUUCUGCUGUUUUUUCUACCGUCGACAUUUCCGUAUGAAGACGUCUUAGACCAGCCCGACUGUCUGAACCCUCCCAAAGAUUGUUCCUGUUCCUUCAGAUCAAUCUAUGAGGAAGCUACCAUUUUUUUCAAGGACGGCCUUUUACUCAGUUGUACGGUUGGCCAAAAUGGAUUUAACUUCUCGCAGUUUCACGGCCUGAACCUUACAAUGAAUCCGUGGUGGUCUCUUGAAUUCAGCACUAAGUACUUUGAUCCCAAUCGGACUGCUUUGCCUCCCCUGGUGAUCCCGAGAAACGCCAUACCAGCCUCAGCCAGCGUGACGCCGUUCCAGUUAUUCGUCUACAAUGUUGAGCUCGUCUCGGUGGAGAGAGGCGCGUUCGCCGGUCGGACUCUUACAGAUCUCCACUUCCGCGGGACCCAAAUGACCAGUCUACCCUUAGAUGGCUUCCGCGACCAGAGUGCCAAUCUGAAAUAUGUCGAGGUCAACGGAGUGAGUCAGACAAACGGCAAACCGAUCGAACCUCCGAGCUUUCACUCGUUUCAAGCUCUGAGAACACUUGAGAUCAAAGACACAUCAAUUGAGUAUCUACCUGACCAGUUUUUGUAUAACUUACCCUCCCUGGAACAGGUUAUCCUCAUCCGUACGCAGACGACUCCAGGCGUAUCACCCCGUGCAUUCGAGGAUCUUCCAGCUCUGAAAUCGCUGACGAUCGCAGAUAACAAGUUGCAGCAGGUGCCAAUCAAUGUACUCUCCUCCCUCACCAAAUUGACUUUCUUAGACCUCUCCUUGAAUGACAUCAAAAUUGUAUCUGCCGCCGAUAUUGAGGCAUUGACUCGGUUGCUUUCUCUAACUAGGAUUUAUUUGCUCGGUAAUCCUUUCAGCUGUACGUGUGACCUGCUGCCGUUUAUUUACUUGCUGCAAGGUGAAUCACCCUUUGACAUAGUGUGUAGACAAUGGUCUGGCGAAUGUGGAUGUGCGAGUCCUCAACUGCUUCGAGAUAAAUCACUUUACGACUUGAGUCUUGUCAAUUUUUUGGAACCUAACUGUACUGCAGAAAGCACAGUCACUCGUCUGUCUAUCUCCAUCAUCUCGGCCGUCGUGGUGUUAGGAAUUGCAGUAGUGGUGGUGGUUGUGAUUGUGCACAGGAAGAUGAGGCUGAGAUGGGUUGGGUUAUUCAGAAGAUUCGAUCGUCUGAAUAACAAUGUCCAUGAAGGUGAUGAGGAGGGGUAUGCAUACGACGCUUACAUCUGUCAUCACAGCGAAAAUGAAGUUUUCGUCUCCGAAAAGAUGAUGCAACGCCUGGAAGGGGAGCCUAACAACUUCCGCCUGUGUUUGUCCUUUCGGGACUUCCUCGUCGGCGCUAACAAGUUGGACAAUGUGGCGACUGCGAUGACGUCUAGUCGGCUGAUAAUCGUUCUCCUUGACGCCAACUUCAUUGCAAACGGCCAGUGCAUGCUCGAGUUGGACAUGGCCAGUACCCGGAUGUUAGAUGCAACGGUAGGCGCCGCUCCAGUCGCCCCAGCGGCCGCUGGCAACGCUGCUAUCAUGGACGGUGCUGCUGGUCUCCUUCUCGUGUUGCAAGACGCUCUUCCAGUUGAUGCCUUGCCAGCCACCUUGACGGUACUUCGAGACAAGAUUACGUGUCUGGAAUGGAGGCAAGAGGAUGAGGAAAGAUGCUGGCGUCAACUCGUAGCCUCCAUUCAGGCUACAAGACCCAAGCAACCUCAGCAAAUGGACAUUGAAGACUAGACAGCACAUCAAAACCGAGUCGGGAAAACAUAUACACAAACUGUAUAGCCUAACAGCAUUCAUGUGUAGUGGAAUCGAACCGCACACCAACCAACCAACCAAC